AUGGAGCAGACAAAUCUUACAGUUGUGAAGUAUUUCGUUAUUAAGGGAAUUUCAGAUGCACCCAAUAUGCAGACUCCAAUCUUCCUGCUUGUGCUGCUUCUAUAUCUUAUCAUUAUUAGUGGGAAUUCGACCAUUGUUCUACUCAUUUACACAGAUUCUAAGCUACAUACUCCAAUGUAUUUCUUUCUAGGGAACCUGUCUCUUCUUGACAUGUCUGCAUCUACUGUCGCUCUACAUAAGACACUUACCAACUUUAUAUCAAGUGAUAACUCCAUUUCAUUCCCAGCUUGUAUUGGUCAAUUUUAUUCUUUUGCGUCAUUGGCAGCUGAUCAAUUGUUGAUACUGGCUGCUAUGAGUUACGAUCGCUAUGUUGCCAUAUAUAAUCCUUUACGUUAUCAGAUCAUCAUGAAUUAUAGAGUCUGCACACUAUUGGCCUCAGUAUGUUGGCUGUUGGGUUUCAUAGAAUUCAUACCUUAUGUUAUCUUACUGACACGUGUGUCUUGUUAUCGAUCCAAUGUAAUCAACCACUUCUACUGUGACAUUGUGCCAAUUCUGAACAUAGCUUGCAGUGACAUUUCGGCUUUAAAGUCAUUAAUAUUCACAGAAGGAAUGUUUGCUACUAUAUUUUCUCCCUUUUUCCUAACAUUAAUCUCCUACAUUUUUAUCAUCAUCACUAUCUUGAGAAUCAAUUCCAAAACCGGACGACGUAAAGCUUUCUACACGUGCUCCUCACACCUUACGGUUGUCAUCAUUCUCUACACAACUCUUACUAUCCAAUAUCUUACACCAAAUGCCACUGACACUCUGGAUUCCAAUAAGCUUUUCUCUCUCUUGAACACAGCUACUGUGCCCAUUCUAAACCCAUUAAUAUACAGUUGGAAAAAUAAAGAUGUAAAGUCAGCACUGAGACGGAAAUUAAAAUGUGUCCUUUAA